AUGUCAACUCGUGAAGACGCUGUAACUUCAAGUUUUUACAGUGAAGGAACUACAAACAUCAAUGAAUCUUAUAAUUUCGAUGAGGAAGUGGGGCCAAAUGAGUUUCAAUUGGAAAAUAUUCCUGUAGAUACUCUAGACAAAUCUCCAAUAGUUCAAGAGCCACCUUCGUUAUUAAAACCUGUGAUAUUAUGUUUAAUUAUCUCUUUCACAGGGUUCAUAUUUGGAUGGGAUAUUGGCACCAUAGGAGGAAUUAUUAACAUGCAAAUAUUUAAAAAAUCUUUUGGUAACAAAAUCAACCCUGAAACAAGUGAAAGAUAUUUUGAUCCAACAUUAUCUGGCUUAAUCAUUGGUAUAUACAAUAUUGGGGCUGGUAUUGGUGGGUUAACCCUUGGUAAGCUUGGAGAUUAUCGUGGAAGGAAAAUGGCCUUAGGAAUUGCAAUGUGUAUUCAUUUAUUGGGUUUAUUCACUGAAUUGGUAGAAGAUUAUUCAUGGAUACAAUUUUUCAUUGGAAGAUUAUUAACUGGUAUUGCAAUUGGUACAACUGCAGUUAUUGUACCUAUGUAUUUAUGUGAAAAUUCACCUUUAAAGAUUAGAGGAGCUAUGGUUGUACUAUAUCAACUCAUGAUAACAUUAGGAAUACUUACAGGAAAUAUUUCAAAUUUUAUUUGUCAUAAUAUUUAUAAUGAUAGUGAAGAUAAUAGAGCAUGGCAAGUUCCAAUUUUAUUAAAUGUCUUUUGGGACUCGAUUGUAUUUAUUGGUUUAUUUUUCAUCCCAGAAUCUGCCAUUUAUUUAGGUAAAUUAUGUUUUGAUAUGGAUGGUGCACAAAAAUCUUUUGCUAAAAUGAAUGGGGUUGCUGAAACAGAUAGAUUAUCAAUGGAAUUUAUCAAUGACAUAAAAUUAUCAGCAGAGAUUGAAAAAGAGGAAAAUAAUGAGACACCAAAACUUAAAUUUGAAUUUAUUUUUGGUAAACCAAAACUAGGUUAUAGACUAUUAAUUGGAAUCUUAAUUAUGACAUUCCAACAAUUAUCAGGUAUAAAUUAUUUCUUCUAUUAUGGGACUACGAUAUUUAAGAAUGUUGGUUUUGAAGACUCAUAUUUAACUGCAAUAAUAUUAUCAUUGGUGAAUUUUGUUUCUACUUUUGGUGGCAUUUAUUUGGUAGAACAGAUAGGAAGAAGAACAUGUUAUCUUCUAGGUUGUCUAAGUUUAAAUAUUUUCAUGAUUUUAUUUGCCUCCAUUGGUAAUUUUGCCAUAAAUGAGCCUUAUGUUGGUGUUGGAUUGAUUUUUAUUGUUUGUUUAUAUAUCUUCUUUUUCGCAAUUACACUAGGUCCAGUGUCUUUUGUAUUGGUAUCUGAAUUAUUCCCUUCUAGAGUAAAAGCAGAGUCGAUUGCAAUUUGUUCGUUUUUUAAUUGGAUAAUGAAUUUUUUAGUUUCUCUAGUUAUGCCCUUGAUUUUAAGUAGAGUCGGGUUCCUAUGUGGGUAUAUAUUUUCAGGCUUCUUGACAAUUGGAUUCAUUUUCAGUUGGCAAUGUGUCCCAGAAACAAAGGGUUUAACUGAAAAAGAGAUUGAUGAUAUAUAUCAAGAUGUAAAACAAGAAACACACUAG